AUGACACUGAACACAGCGGGUGAAGCACCGCCCGUCCUGGUGGACGGGCUCCGUUCCACCAAUUCCACCUAUCGUUUGAAUCAGAUCGAUAGGGUCAGAGCCAACGGUGUCGGCGGCCUCGUGUCUCUUCCUCAACCUGUUGUCUGCGGCGAUCAGUCUGCAGGCAAGAGCUCCGUCCUUGAGCGUUUGACUGGGAUUCCCUUUCCUCGGCACAAUGGUGUAUGCACCCGUUUUCCGACCGAAAUUAUUCUGCGCCAUGAUUCCGGCGUCCAAAAGAUCUUCGCCACAAUUCAACCCCACGAUUCUCGUGGCACCGAGAUGCAAGAGUCCUUAAGAGCAUACCAUCGCAACAUUUCUGAUCUUUCGGAACUUCCGGUCAUUAUCGAGGAAGUCUCAGGACUGAUGCAGAUCCGGGAAUAUGGAGAUGAUGCAAUGAGCGGUGGUGCUUUUGCGCCCGAUACCCUGCGCAUAGAUAUCUCCGGACCAACAGGUUUGCAUCUUACCAUUGUCGAUCUUCCUGGUUUGAUUUCUGUCUCAAAUGAGGAACCAACUGAAGAGGAUGUCUUGAUAGUCCGGCAAAUGGUUGAGAGCUACCUUUCCAGCACCCGGACUAUUAUUCUCGCAGUACUCCAAGCCAGCAACGAUGUGGCAAACCAAAAAAUCCUACAGCUAGCUCGAAAGCAUGACCCUGAGGGCCAGCGCACUGUUGGGAUCAUUACAAAACCAGAUCUCAUCAAUGAAGGCACCGAGGCAAAGAUUGCAAGACUCGCCAAGAACCUUGACAAUGUCAAGUUGAGGCUUGGCUUUUUUCUAUUGAAGAACCCAAGUCCAUCAGAUAUUGGUCUUUCUUUCGACGCGCAAUGUCAAAAGGAAACUCAAUUCUUCCUGAUGUCAUGUCAGGGUACGGCUAGGCCGAAGGCAAUAGUACAGAGUGAUGGGGAGUAA